AUGUUUGUUGAUUCAUUCAAUCAAACGAUAACACCUGGUUGUCUGCCUCAGACGAUCCACACGCUCAAGUUUGGCAAAGACUUUAACAAGCCGAUCAUACCAGGGUCACUGCCAGAGUCGUUGGUCGAUCUUACCUUUGGGGACGACUUCAACCAGUCACUUCAGUGGCCACCACCUCCAUCAUCACCAGCACCAACAGCUGCAUCAGGUCUAAGUACAUUAUUGUCGUUUGGUGUUAAGCGAUCUUCUUCACCUGCACCUGCAUCAGUGCCAUCGCCAUCACUACCACCAUCAAUCAUUAGGUUGAAGUUUGGUUCAAGUUACAACAUGCCCGUAGAGGCGUGCGAUGACCGCGGUAAUGUAACCGGCACACUGCUCCCUCAGUCGCUCAACCAGUUGCACUUUGGCACUGGCUUUGUCCAGCCUCUGCCAGCCAACUCGCUUCCCAUGUCGCUCGAGGUACUCAGAUUCCAAAUCUGGUUCACUCAACCGUGCAUGGCUGCUGUGACACAACUACAAUCACUCAAAGUACUUCUAUUCUCAUCGCUUCCCAUCAAUGACAGACACCCGUCACGACCCUAUCACAGAGGUGACGACGAUGCCGCAGCCGAAAGACAUACAUUCCCCUCAUCGCUCAUCAGUUUAUACAUCUCACACAAUGACUUUAGCGACCUGCCUAACUCUCUCCCCGAUCGCCUCAGGACCUUGAGCCUUGGUAAGACAUUCUGUCGACCUCUGGCCCUGGGCUCACUGCCUUCAUCGAUCACAUCGUUGGAAUUGGGACAUGCAUUUAGGCAAUGGAUUGAACCCGGUAUAUUGCCAGCAUCACUUACUGAACUCAGCCUAAGAGGGCUUAGCCAGGAGCAGGAGGAGAACGUCGUGCGUGGACUCUCGCUGCCCGGCUCAAUCACCUCACUCUAUCUAUCAUCAUUCAAUCUACCAAUCAAACAUGGGGAGCUUCCGGCCAAACUCCAAAAGCUCUAUUUUGGAAAUAAUUAUGAUCACUCAAUCAUACCUGGAAUCCUUCCACAGUCGAUCACUUCAAUCAUAUUUGGCAACUGUUAUAACAAACCAAUCACACCUGGAACCCUACCGCAAUCCCUAAAGUCGUUGAGGUUUUGCGAGAUGUUUGACCAAGUGAUUGAGCCCGGCGCGCUGCCCGACUCGCUGGAAAGUCUUGAAUUUGGAGCGCACUUUAAUCAAGUCAUCCGGCCGGGUGUCCUACCACCAAACCUCACAAUGUUGAUACUUGGCAGUGAGUUUAGACAACCAUUCACACCUGCAACCUUCCCGCCAUCACUCACUAUAUUCAAGUGCUCGAUGCGUCGGCUCAGCUCGGAGCGGCUCCCCAAGAGCAUCACCCGACUGUACAUGGACGGCACUCUGAUCCACAGAUCGCCCCAGCACCUGCCCAACCUCAAGCAUCUCAAGGUGUCCAUUUACAACUUCAAAAAAAAAGAGGACAUUUGCGAUGAUAUCAUUGUGGACAGUGUGGAUAUCAGAUAUUUACAAUUUCCUAUCAAGGAAUUGAAACAUCUUAGAGUUACCAAACAUGUGUCCACAUUAUACUUGGGACAAUUCUCUUCAACAACGGUGGUCAUGGAUAACCAUUACCUUUCCAAAAUGGUUACACAAGGUCGUGUUAGAACCAAGACAGUCAAAAGAGCCUCGAAGCUUCUCAUUGAGAAGUACUACCCAAAGCUCACCAACGACUUUGACACCAACAAGCGCACUUGUGAUGAGGUCGCCACUAUCGCCUCCAAGAGAUUGAGAAACAAGAUCGCUGGUUUCGUCACUCACUUGAUGAGACGUAUUGAGCGUGGACCAGUCCGCGGAAUCUCCUACAAGCUGCAGGAGGAGGAGAGAGAGAGACGUGACAACUACGUCCCAACCACCUCUGCCAUCAAGACCGACAAGAUCUACGUUGAUGAGGACGCUUACGAGAUGCUUAAGUCCACUCUUGGCAACUUCCCAUCUAUGACCCAAGUUGUUGUUGAACGUUCAAACAAGAAGUCAAACCGUGGUGGCGACCGUCCACACCGUGGAGGUUUCAAGAAGAGAGCCGCACCAGCCAAGUAA